GUUUUGGGGAGUGUGUUGUCAUUCAGAGUAGAGAACUCCCUCAACUCUGUAAAUUGAAAGACACUGAAGCUCGUGCCCAGUUUCAGAAGCCAUUGGAAACCCAGUUUUACCUUCCACGUACAGAAUGUAAUGGUUCAUUUUACAAACCUGGAUCUUAAAUCAAACUUUUCCGGUUUGGAACUUCUUCAGGCCAGGGACUGUGUUUGAAAACGUCUUUGGUGGCUAAUUCAAGAGAGUCGGCUGGUGAAUACUCGCGGGAUCUAAAGAAAAAGCUCUGAAAGAGUUCCAGCUGAAGUCUCUGACAGACAGACGCCCUGCAGCCUCUGAGGCCCUGCUCCCCUGUGGCCUGAGCAUGCUGCUGCCACGCUGCAGGAUGGCACCCAUGGUCCGGCUGCUGCUGCUACUGCUGCUUGCCUUCUUCCUCCGCGCCCAGGCUGAGACGCCUCCUAGGUUUACACGAACUCCUGUGGACCAGACCGGGGUCUCGGGCGGAGUUGCCUCAUUCAUUUGCCAAGCGACAGGAGACCCGAGGCCGAAAAUUGUCUGGAACAAAAAAGGAAAGAAAGUCAGCAACCAGAGAUUUGAGGUAAUAGAGUUUGACGAUGGCUCAGGAUCAGUUCUCAGAAUACAGCCCUUACGGACUCCUCGGGACGAGGCCAUUUAUGAAUGUGUGGCCGCGAAUAAUGUGGGAGAGAUAAGUGUAUCCACCAGACUCACAGUUCUACGUGAGGACCAAAUUCCAAGGGGCUUCCCUACCAUUGACAUGGGCCCCCAGCUGAAGGUGGUGGAGCGCACGCGCACUGCCACCAUGCUUUGCGCGGCCAGUGGGAAUCCAGAUCCUGAAAUCACGUGGUUCAAAGAUUUCUUGCCCGUGGACACGAGCAACAACAAUGGCCGCAUAAAGCAGUUACGAUCAGAAUCUAUUGGUGGUACACCAAUAAGAGGCGCCCUUCAGAUCGAACAGAGCGAAGAAUCCGACCAAGGGAAAUACGAGUGUGUUGCCACCAACAGCGCGGGCACUCGCUAUUCGGCCCCUGCCAAUUUAUAUGUCAGAGAGCUGCGAGAAGUUCGCCGUGUCCCACCAAGAUUCUCUAUCCCACCCACUAAUCACGAAAUCAUGCCAGGUGGAAGUGUUAAUAUCACCUGUGUGGCCGUGGGGUCACCAAUGCCUUAUGUGAAGUGGAUGCUGGGGGCAGAAGAUCUGACGCCUGAAGAUGAUAUGCCAAUAGGAAGAAAUGUCCUUGAACUGAAUGAUGUAAGACAGUCAGCAAAUUACACUUGUGUCGCCAUGUCGACACUGGGUGUCAUUGAAGCAAUAGCACAGAUCACUGUCAAAGCCUUACCCAAACCUCCAGGAACUCCUGUUGUGACGGAAAGCACAGCGACAAGUAUCACACUGACGUGGGACUCUGGGAACCCUGAGCCUGUCUCUUACUACAUCAUUCAGCAUAAACCUAAAAACUCGGAGGAACCUUACAAAGAAAUUGAUGGGGUGGCGACUACACGCUACAGUGUGGCCGGACUAAGCCCCUACUCCGAUUAUGAAUUCAGGGUCGUUGCUGUCAACAACAUCGGGCGCGGGCCUCCCAGUGAGCCUGUGCUUACCCAAACCUCCGAGCAAGCUCCAUCCAGUGCCCCUCGGGAUGUCCAGGCUCGCAUGUUGAGCUCAACCACCAUUUUGGUGCAGUGGAAGGAACCUGAAGAGCCAAAUGGCCAGAUCCAAGGAUACAGAGUCUAUUAUACAAUGGAUCCCACUCAGCAUGUCAACAACUGGAUGAAACACAAUGUAGCUGAUAGCCAAAUCACCACCAUUGGCAACUUAGUGCCCCAGAAAACAUACUCUGUCAAAGUCUUGGCUUUUACCUCAAUUGGGGAUGGUCCUCUUUCAAGUGACAUACAAGUCAUUACCCAGACAGGAGUCCCAGGGCAACCCCUCAACUUCAAAGCAGAACCCGAGUCUGAAACCAGCGUUUUGCUUUCUUGGACCCCGCCGCGUUCCGACACCAUCGCCAGCUAUGAGCUAGUCUACAAAGACGGAGAGCAGGGUGAGGAGCAACGGAUUGCUAUCGAACCAGGGACAUCUUACCGGCUCCAAGGGCUGAAACCAAACAGCUUGUAUUACUUCCGUCUGGCUGCUCGCUCUCCUCAAGGCCUGGGCGCUUCGACAGCUGAAAUAUCAGCUAGAACCUUGCAGUCAAAGCCGUCAGCUCCUCCUCAAGACGUUAGUUGCACCAGCCCAAGUUCCACUAGCAUUUUGGUAAGUUGGCAACCUCCACCCGUGGACAAACAGAAUGGCCUCAUCACCGAAUACUCCAUCAAGUACACAGCCAUGGACGGAGAAGAUGACAAGCCACAUGAGAUUUUGGGAAUUCCUUCGGACACUACCCAGUACCUUUUGGAACAGCUGGAAAAAUGGACUGAAUACCAGAUUGCUGUGACAGCCCACACGGACGUUGGCCCUGGCCCUGAGAGCUUGUCCCUGUUGAUUCGAACCGAUGAAGAUGUUCCUAGUGGUCCACCUCGCAAAGUCGAGGUGGAGGCUGUCAACUCGACAUCUGUUAAAGUCUCGUGGCGCUCCCCUGUGCCCAACAAACAGCAUGGCCAGAUCCGAGGAUACCAGGUGCAUUAUGUGAGGAUGGAAAACGGUGAGCCCAAGGGCCAGCCCAUGCUAAAGGAUGUCAUGCUGGCGGAUGCACAGUGGGAAUUUGAUGAUACUACUGAACAUGACAUGAUCAUUUCUGGGCUACAGCCUGAAACAUCCUACUCCCUCACCGUCACAGCCUACACCACCAAAGGAGAUGGCGCACGCAGCAAGCCCAGACUGGUGUCGACUAUGGGGGCAGUUCCAGGGAAACCGCGGCUUGUCAUCAACCACACCCAGAUGAAUACUGCCCUCAUCCAGUGGCACCCCCCUGUGGACACAUUCGGACCCCUCCAGGGCUACCGGCUCAAGUUUGGCCGCAAGGAUACAGAGCCGCUCACCACUCUUGAGUUCUCCGAGAAGGAGGACCAUUUCACAGCGAUGGACAUCCACAAGGGCACGGCCUACAUCUUCAAGCUUUCGGCCAGGAACAAAGUGGGCUUUGGGGAGGAGAUGGUCAAGGAGAUUUCGGUCCCAGAAGAUGUCCCUGCUGGAUUCCCUCAAAAUCUCCAUUCGGAUGGCACCACCUCCACAUCUGUCCAGCUGUCCUGGCAGCCGCCUGCCCUGGCAGAGAGAAACGGCCUUAUCACCAAGUACACGCUCCUUUAUCGGGAUAUCAACAUCCCGCUUCUUCCGAUGGAGCAGCUUAUUGUUCCAGCAGACACCACUCUGAUACUCAGUGGCUUAAAGCCAGAUACCACUUACGAUGUAAAAGUACGUGCUCACACGAGCAAAGGGCCCGGGCCAUAUAGUCCCAGUGUCCAGUUCAGGACACUACCUGUGGAUCAAGCAGUGUUUGCAAAAAAUUUUCAUGUCAAAGCAGUCAUGAAGACGUCAGUGCUGCUGUCUUGGGAGAUUCCAGAGAAUUAUAAUUCGGCCAUGCCUUUCAAAAUUCUUUAUGAUGAUGGCAAGAUGGUGGAGGAGGUGGAUGGCCGAGCCACACAGAAGUUAAUCGUCAACCUGAAGCCUGAGAAAUCCUAUUCCUUCGUACUGACAAAUCGUGGGAACAGUGCUGGUGGACUUCAGCACAGGGUCACCGCCAAGACAGCCCCAGAUGUCCUCCGUACCAAGCCUGCCUUCAUUGGGAAGACCAACUUGGAUGGCAUGAUUACCGUGCAACUGCCGGAAGUACCUGCGAAUGAAAAUAUAAAAGGGUACUACAUAAUCAUUGUGCCUUUGAAGAAAUCACGUGGGAAAUUCAUCAAGCCCUGGGAGAGUCCGGAUGAAAUGGAACUAGAUGAGCUGCUUAAGGAGAUAGCUAGGAAGCGCAGAAGCAUCCGUUAUGGGAGAGAAGUUGAAUUAAAGCCAUACAUUGCUGCUCACUUUGAUGUCCUUCCGACGGAGUUCACCCUGGGGGAUGACAAGCAUUAUGGUGGCUUCACAAAUAAGCAGCUCCAAAGCGGUCAAGAAUAUGUCUUCUUUGUGUUGGCAGUGAUGGAGCAUGCCGAGUCUAAGAUGUAUGCCGCCAGUCCCUACUCGGACCCCGUGGUGUCCAUGGAUCUGGAUCCACAGCCGAUCACAGAUGAAGAGGAAGGCUUGAUCUGGGUUGUUGGCCCUGUCCUGGCAGUGGUCUUUAUCAUCUGCAUUGUCAUAGCUAUUCUUCUGUAUAAAAGGGAGCAGGUGAGCAGCAGCAGUAAACCUGACAGGAAGAGGGCAGAGUCCGACUCUAGAAAGAGCAGCAUUCCAAACAGUAAGGAGGCCCCUUCCCACCACCCGACAGAUCCCGUGGAACUGAGACGUCUUAACUUCCAAACGCCAGGUUCAGAUGAUUCCGGUUACCCUGGUAACCUUCAUUCCUCAAGCAUGGCCAGCCACCCGCCAAUACCUAUCUUGGAACUGGCAGAUCACAUUGAAAGGUUGAAAGCAAACGACAACUUGAAGUUUUCCCAGGAGUAUGAGUCCAUUGACCCUGGUCAGCAGUUCACAUGGGAGCACUCAAACCUGGAAGUAAACAAACCAAAGAAUAGAUACGCCAAUGUAAUCGCAUAUGAUCAUUCCAGGGUUCUCCUCUCAGCCAUAGAAGGUAUCCCAGGAAGUGACUAUGUGAAUGCUAACUACAUAGAUGGGUACAGGAAGCAAAACGCCUAUAUUGCAACACAAGGAUCACUUCCGGAAACCUUUGGGGACUUCUGGAGGAUGAUCUGGGAGCAGCGGAGUGCCACAGUUGUCAUGAUGACCAAACUCGAAGAACGGUCCAGGGUGAAGUGCGACCAGUACUGGCCCAGCCGAGGCACAGAGACCCAUGGGCUGGUCCAGGUGACACUGCUGGACACCGUGGAGCUGGCCACCUACUGCGUGCGCACGUUUGCCCUGUACAAGAAUGGUUCCAGCGAGAAGAGAGAAGUGAGACAAUUCCAGUUCACUGCUUGGCCUGAUCAUGGGGUUCCAGAGCACCCAACCCCUUUCCUAGCUUUCCUGCGGAGAGUCAAAACCUGUAACCCACCCGACGCAGGCCCCAUGGUUGUGCACUGCAGCGCGGGAGUUGGCCGGACCGGUUGUUUCAUCGUAAUAGAUGCCAUGCUAGAAAGAAUAAAGCAUGAAAAAACUGUAGAUAUUUAUGGCCAUGUAACUUUAAUGAGAGCCCAGAGGAAUUACAUGGUUCAGACAGAAGACCAAUACAUCUUUAUCCACGAUGCACUGUUGGAAGCAGUGACUUGUGGAAAUACCGAAGUGCCGGCAAGAAACUUGUAUGCCUACAUUCAGAAGCUGACACAGAUAGAAACCGGAGAGAAUGUCACGGGAAUGGAGCUUGAAUUCAAGCGUCUAGCCAGCUCCAAAGCUCACACCUCAAGAUUCAUCAGUGCCAAUCUCCCAUGUAAUAAAUUCAAAAACCGCCUUGUUAAUAUUAUGCCAUAUGAAUCCACAAGGGUGUGCCUGCAGCCGAUCCGCGGUGUGGAAGGAUCCGAUUACAUCAACGCCAGCUUUAUCGAUGGAUACAGACAACAGAAAGCCUACAUUGCAACCCAGGGGCCUUUGGCUGAGACCACGGAGGACUUCUGGCGGAUGCUGUGGGAACACAACUCCACCAUUGUCGUGAUGCUCACCAAGUUGCGCGAAAUGGGCAGAGAAAAAUGCCACCAGUACUGGCCAGCCGAACGAUCCGCCAGAUACCAGUACUUUGUUGUAGACCCAAUGGCUGAGUACAACAUGCCCCAGUAUAUCCUAAGGGAAUUCAAGGUCACGGAUGCCAGGGACGGACAGUCCCGGACAGUCCGGCAGUUCCAGUUCACUGACUGGCCAGAGCAAGGAGUGCCCAAGUCCGGAGAAGGCUUCAUCGACUUCAUCGGCCAGGUCCACAAAACAAAGGAGCAGUUUGGCCAAGAUGGGCCCAUCUCCGUCCAUUGCAGUGCGGGUGUUGGAAGAACUGGCGUGUUCAUCACAUUAAGCAUUGUUUUGGAAAGAAUGAGAUACGAAGGUGUUGUAGAUAUCUUCCAGACCGUCAAAAUGUUAAGGACACAACGACCAGCCAUGGUGCAGACAGAGGACCAGUAUCAGUUCUGCUACCGGGCCGCACUAGAGUACCUGGGCAGCUUUGAUCACUAUGCAACGUAGAAACCCCCGUCCCGUUCCGGAUGUGAACUGCAGGCCCUUCACUAUCCACGGAGUCUCUUCUGAGCCAUAAUGGGGCACUUGAGAAGUCCUUCUUCACUUCUAGCUAACGAACCACGUAGUGGGACAAUUAUACACAAAACCAACAAAACAAUGCCAGGUGGACCAAGAAUCCCCAGUUUCAUAAUCUAACCUGAAAACAAUAAAUCUAACCUGACAACUAUAAAGAGAAUCCUGACUGCUGAGGCAUCUGAGGGGGUUGAUGGACAGAUACCUCAAGGAUUCAAAGAUCACAGGAAGAAGAAAUCGCAGCAAAGAACCGCCAUCUUGUUCCGGGUUGCUGGAAGGUCCCAGAAUGCAGCAGUUCGGGGCAAGAGGUUUGCUGGAAUGGCUUGUCGCAAGAAAGCGGACCCUGCUUCAACAUCACCCCUUCCCACCAUACUGCGCAUAACAACAUUUGGGGGGUGGGGGGACCGGCAAGGGGGGGUGUUUAAAAAGAAGUCCUUGAUUUAGAUUUUUAGUAUUGUAAAAAUACUGCUGACCUGUGCUUCAUUUGUAACUGUGUAAACUUUUUUUUUAAACAAAAUGUAUCAUUCGAUAAAGUGAAUUGAAACAAGAAGUUACAUAACUCUUCUUUUAUUUUUAAUUUCCAAAUCGUAGGUUUUUUUUUAUUUUUAAGCUGUAGAACUGUUUCCUGUAAUCUCUCACUGUAGAAAUAUCCAAUAAUUUGACCACUUGCACAUGUUUUGUGUGCAAGUAUUCUGAAUCUACAGUGUCUGUCUUGUCUGCUAUUUGCUUUUUUUCUUUCCAGUUCCGUUUGGUUUUGAUUAGGAAGAAAGCACCCAAUCUCGUCAACGAUUCAAAGAGCAUCGUCUUUUCCUUUGGUUUGGUUUUGGAAUCAACAGGGAGGCGCAAAGUAUAAAGUUGCUGCUAACAUAUAUACAUAGAUAUCCAUCUUUGAUCAGGAUGUGUAUGUAUAUAUAGACCGUGUGAUGUAUGUAUCCAUGCAGAGAUAGAGAUAACGCUCAUUUCGUUUUGUCCAUGAUUUUAAUUUUUUUUAAGAUAGAAAAGCGAUUGUCCACAUCUCUUUCAAUCGAUCGUUAAUUUGAUGGCAUAUUGGUAUUUCUUAAUAUCACCCAACUUUGCUUUUAAAAAACAAAAAAAAGGGAAAUGAAUGCACAUCAGUGAUUAUCAAACCUUACCCCCCUAAUUUUCUACCCAGUCCCCACCUGCCCCGUCAAAUUCACAAAUCUUAUUUUGUUAAUCAGGCUCCCAACCAAGUUUAAUAUUAUAACACUCUAGCGCAAUAACCAAUUAUCCAGUAUCCAGAGGUGUGCAUGUGGGAGAGAGCAGUGCAUAUCCCUGCAGGAGGGAGGAUGUUGUAAUAUAUCAGCUAUCAAGUUGUUGUUGUUUUGUUUUGUUGUUUUGUUUUUAGAGUGUACUCAAACCGUGUAUUGUCUGUAGUAUGUGCUAUGAAACUCACAUUUAUGAUAUGUAACAGGGGCAAAGCCAAAUCGUGUUACUCUGUUCAGCCAGAAGCGUUCGGUUGUGGCAGGCAGCAUUCCUGGGAGAUGCUGUAUCACUUUGCUUUUGUUUGGGUUUUCCUUUUGCAUUUAGAGUGCCUUAUAAUUGAUGCCUAAUUUUAAGAGCAUUUUUUUUCAAACUCUCAGCUUAUUGUUUUCAUUAGUUCCUAUCUGUUACGCUUCCCAAUUAAAGCAUUAUUCUGUUUACCGCAUGGACAAAAACUCUUUGAACAAUAUGCUACUUCUCAACCAGGUCGGGGAUGUUAGUGAUUGUCCCAGCCCAAAGCACUUGGAUGUCGUGGCCGUUCUUUCUUUCAUCGCGGUCAACAUCUGGAAAAGCCACUUGUUGGAGUUGCUAGCCUAUCCAGAUUGGCUACGAGGUGCAGAGUCACUGCACCGAGCUUUUGUUAAUAGCAGAUAUCGUUGUCAACGUUGGCACAUUUUUUAUAUUCCAUGAGGAUUUUCCUAAAAGGGGAAGUAAACAAAUCCAGUAUCUAUAAAUAUCUCUCUUAUCUUAUUCCCCGAAGUUUUCCAACAUAAUUUCUCUAGGAAGCCAUGGGUGAUGGCAUGAGUUUUCCAUUUCUUAUCCGAGUUAGAGGUUAAACAACCCUUCCAAUAUCCAAGGGACUCUGAAAGGAUUUGGGUCUAGGUAGACUACUUUGGUUUCAUUUUAAUUACAUUAAUAUUCUGCAUGGAAGGCGGUUUGUUUUCCCCAUUGUCCCCAAUGCUAGCAGAAUGAAAUCCAAGAGACCAAACACUUGCAAGCAUUGUAUUUGAGCACUUUUGUAAAAAAAAAGAAAAAAAGAAAAAAAAAGAAUAUAUAUAAUACUUUAAAAUAAAAUUAUCUAGAAGGCUACCUCAGAAUGAGACUCUCUAACCUACAUCAGAACCAGAGGAGAAUGUGCAUUAUGUGGGUCUGUUGUUUCCUUUCAGUUUGUAAAUUUUGGAGAUUUAUCCAAGUGCCAGAGUACCCAGCGCUGUCCUUUUCUGUUAGCCAAACCAAGGGGGGAGGGGGGGGUCCCCCCCUCAUGCAGACCCACCAUGUGGACACAAGAGCCUGAUGGAGUGUUGCACGCCAGAACGGUUGGCCCGUGAGCCAUCUCUCUCCCUCUGAAACAAAACAAUACGAAAACACAAACAAAACCUGCCCGUGCGGCCCAGGGAGCGGGGAGAAUGUUCACCAGGAGAACACGUGUGGAAUGCAAACCCUAGACAGACAAGAAGGAGACGAUUCCAGAAAUCCUAGUGUUCGGGAGCUGUUCCCAGAACUCACCCCCUUAGUGUCAUUGAUGUGCAUUCCACUUUCUCGUGCUUUUCUGUCCCACCCUUCUCGGUUUGAUUUCCCAGGUAACCAUCUUUUCUCUCCCAUGACCCCAAAUGUCUCACGUUUCUGAUUGUUUUCAUCAUUCUAACCAGUACGGUGCUAUUAUUUACCUAUGUACGUGUAGUUAUGUAUAAUUUUGUAAUUAGUUACAAUGGUAAGAAAAAUUCAAAAUAUAUAAAAAGUGAUUUGUACAGAACUUUAUUUUAGCUCUUUUUUAACAAUGAUUUGCAUGGUUAGACAAUGGCAAGGACAGCCAGGGGAGGGAAGGGCCUCUAGGGAAUUUUGCACUUUCUAAACCUUUGUACUAUGCACUGCCCCAUUGAUUCUACACCCAAUACUGUUAGUACUUGAACCCAUCUGUAAGAAACUCCUGCAGACAGUCAUUUGUGUGUCUGUAAAUAACACAGCAUCGAAACAGGGAGGGGAAAAUUCUGCAGUCGUGUACAGAUUUUUUUUCCUUUCCUGUUGAUUUGAUUUGGUUUGGUUUGGCUUUAGGUUGGCAUUCCCCACUCCCCAUUUUCUUUUGAAGUCCCCCCUUUUCUGUUUCCAGUUUUGAGUUUCUUUGGGUUUAUGGGUGCCCUGAUACUCCAGCAGAGGUCAGACGGCUACAGAUCCAUCCUAUCCAUCGUCACGUGGCUUUGCCAUCGAGCUUGGAGCGUCUUUACAAAGAUAAGAACAGUUGUGUUCUUUGCUCUUGUUUUGGAUGCAUAGACUGAAAAAAAAAUUAAAAAAUAACUUGUAAAAUGGCUUGUUAAAAAAAUACAAUUACCUCUAAUCAGUAGUACGCGUACAUGUUUUACAGAAUGAAAGGCGUGCUUUUUAUUUUCCUACUUCGUUACAUUGGUGGCGAAAGAAGUCUGUAUGAAAAUCAGUUCUUUGCUGACACAAGUUCCAUUUGUUACAAAUGAAUUCUAAUAAAAAUGUCAGUGUUAUGCA